UAGCUGCGUAGAAGCAGAUAUACUUUAUAGGGACUACUGCUAUCGAGGCACUACUACGAUUGAAGUAAUUGCAAUGAUGUACAUGUAAUUAGUCGAGUAUUAUUAUUUCACAAGAGUAUACACCCCGGAGAGUCGGAACUUCAGACUGAAGGACUUAGAUCGUAUAAACCUUUAUUAUUUUGUUUACGAGAUGGAAAAACCCGAUAGUCAGGGAUAUGUUAACAUAACGUGGCCAAGUAAAUCUAUUCCUCAUGGAGGAAUUUUUCAUACAAGGACUGUAAACCCAUCAGCUACACAACAAGAUUUAUUAAAAGUUUUACUGGAAGAAUCUAAGCUGAGUAUUUCCCAGCGUCAGAAAAGUGCAUUUACUUUACGCCAGGAAGAUGAAUUUAAGAAAAAAAAACCUAACGUAGAAGUUCCACUUGUUCGACCGCGAACCUCACGUCGUCGAUCGCUCUCUGCAAUAAGGGAAUCGGAAUCUCUUAAAGUUGAAAUAUAUUGUCCACUUAAGCGAGGAGAAGAUCGGGAGAAAUUAAAAGAAAGACUGGCCAAUACGAUGACUUAUGGGGAUGUGGAGCAGAAACCGCCAGCUCUACCGCGAGUUCUUAAGCAAAAGCCCAUUUUACCCACUAAAAAAGAACAGUGGAAUGAUUUGGUGACUCAAAUUCGAGAACGCGCAGAAUGGUUAGCAGAUAUGGAAGAUCUAGGGCAUGCUGGUCCACAUAGAGAACUGAUUAAGGAUCAGAUUGCUGAACGGAUGAGAGCUCUUGACGCUAUUGGUGUUGACAGCUGCUGCUCAUCUGCCAGAUCUACUAGAUCUGGAUUCAGUGUUGUUCCAAGUGAGCAUAGUGACCGAUUUAAUGGAAUCAAAUAUUCAAAGGUGUCCAACAAUGUACAAGAGCAUCGAAAACUUAAAAGGAAUACCACGAAAUUAUCAAAAAAAAUUGAAGAAAAUGUUGCAGCUUAUGAACAAUUAUCACCAUUACAAUAUUCUCCAAGGCGUCGUGUAUGA